AAAUUUGGUUGUUGGGAUGAACAAUUAUGGAUGAAAAAUUACCCAGAUUUUUAUCAACGUUUUAUGCAAAGUUAAGGCUUUCAUUUGGUUUUUGGAUGAAAAAACGAGAUUUUGUUUUAAAAUGAGAUGAAACAGGUUGAAAAUCAGGAAUUUUUAGUCUCCUUUUUCUGCCUUCAACACGCCUUUUUCUCAUUUACUCAGUGCACAUUCCCCAUCUUAGGCUUGUUGAUUGUGUCCUUCAUACCUUCUACCGUCCUUCACUUGGAAGAACCAAGAAAGAAGAAGGGAGAAAGAAACUAUCAGACAAUAAUAUGAUUUACAUCAUAUGAUCAAUUGAUUUUGAUUUUCCUACUUUUUUUAUGAUUGUUCUGAUUUCUUAUUAUGAAAUUUGCAUCUGCAGUUGGCCAAAAAAAUUAUCCAGAUAUUAAAAAUUAGAACAAUCCGUUCUAAUUUCUUUGAUUGUUUUGAUUUAUUAUAUACACAGAGGAUUUCUUGUUUAUAUUUACAUUAAUUGAGAAAAACCCAGAUAAUUAUUUUCCAAAAAAUGAAGUGGGUAACAUUUGAUUCUUUGAAAUAAUGCAGUUGAGGCUUGUGGGUAUAGUCCUUUAGCUCUCGAUUUUUAUGUUGGAAAUCUUGUUGUUGCACAUGCUUGGUAUGGGAGAUUUUAUUAGUUAUUGAUGCUACCGCGUAUUGCUGUCGGCCCUGUCUAUGUCCAUGUGUUAUUGUUGUUGCAUUGCGUGCAACUGUUGCUGCUGCUAUCGCAUGCUGUUGUCAAGUGCUGUUGUGGUGUGCUGCUCAAAACUAAUGUCGUGUGCUAUUAGUGAGCACAAUCAUGUGUUAGUCAAAUCUGUAUGCUAAGCAAAAGUUCAGGGUCGUUGAGAUCCGCGGUUGGAACUAUUAAAUGUGCAAUUACUACUGCGGUCACCCAUGUGUAUAUUAAAUUCAAAUAUCCUUGUUUUUCUUCAUGAACAUGUAGUUUUCAAUUUGAAUUUAUUCAUAUCAUUUACUUUUUAUUGGUUGUGUUUAGAUGAUCCUUAAUUUUGCUGUUGAAUCAGUUCAAGGCGAUGAAAGCAAAGGAAUCGUCACUCCAAAGGUAAGAUCUUUGAUUUUUAUGAUGCACAUUUGAGUUUUCCUUUUGAAUUUGGUUGUUGGGAUGACCAAUUAAGGAUUGUCAUUCGAUUUCAUUUUGGCUUUUGGGAUGAAAAAUUGCCCAGAUUUUAUCAACUUUUUGUGAAAAAUUAGGGUAUUCAUUUGGUUUUUGGAUGAAAAAAGGAGAUUUCAUUGAAAAAAGUGGGAUGAAAAAGGUUGAAAAUCAAGAUUCUUUUGUGAACGAACAUUCAGUUUCAGGUUUCAUGUGUUGAAAUAAUUUGAAAAUUGGAGUUAUGUCUACAACUCAUCUUCAUCGUUUCUUGGUUGAAGAGCAAAAGGAAAUUCCUUUAUCGAAUCCAAAAUCCAAGAAUCACCACCCCUGUAUUCACUAGUCACAACAAGAGCACCAACAUCAAAAUCUUCUUCAACAUAACUAGCCUCGGAGGAGCUUAUUCCUUUGGACUUGCAAUCAUCCGAUUGUUUGGAUUUUAACUUUCAACAAUCUCUCUUAAGAUGGCCUUUCUUCCUACAAUAAUUACAAGUCAUACCUCUCUUGUUUCUACUUAGCCCCUUAACAAACAAAGCAUCAUUAGACUCAAUGGACAAUUUUGUGCAAAUUGAAAAUCCAUAAGUACCUUUUGUGUUAAGGCCUUUCAAACAUCCUCACUACACAAUAUGUCUCUACCAUAUAAUAAAGUCUUUAUAAAAUGCUUAAAAAAAGGGUAAAGAACAUAAUAAGAGAAUGACCAAGUCUUCAUCAUCAAGUGAAACAUCAAUAUUUUAUAAAUCCAAAACUAUAGAGUAAAACUCAUUUAGAUGAGGUUUUAUGGGCUUACCUUCUUGCAAUCGGAAAUCAUAUAAUCUACUCUUAAGAGUAAUUAGUUGGUAACACUCUUGGCCAUGUGGAGUGAUUCCAACUUCUCCCAAAUCCCUUUAGAAGUCAUAUCCUUUACAACUUCCCUCAAAAUUUCAUUGGAAAGACAAAGUUUUAUGGCGAAUAAAGCUUUGGCAUCCAUCUCUUCCCACUUAGCCUCACUAAGACCAAUCGGCUUUUUCUCAUCAUCUUCAAGUGCCUUAUGAACACCAUUUCUUCAUCUAUAUUGCUAGAAAUUUGUGUUCCUAUGGAACUUCUCAAAUGUCUAACUUCAUGGUUGACAUUUUAGACUUCAAAUGACUACUAUUAACACUCAAAUAACCUCCACUAACCCUUGGCUCUGAUACCAAUUGAAAUGAGAGGCAUUAACCUCACUCAAGGAUCAUCAAAUAAGGUUUAAAUGGAGGUUUGUGUUGUGUCAAUGUGUAGGAACCAAAUAUGCAAAUAUAUGAUGAAUGACAAUAAUAAAGAAACAAUUAAGACAAAGAUUAAGGCGGUUCAUCAAUUUUGGACUACAUCCACCAUCUAGCCUAAAAUAAAUAUUAAUGUGUUCAAAGGAGAAAUAGAAAACUUAAAGGAAUUAUAAUAAAAGUUAGUGUAAGGGAAAAGAUGAGCUAAUUAGGGAGUAAAAUACACAAGCAAGGUUGCUCUUAAUGUGAGACUUAGGUGCAUUAAACUAUGGCCUAGGAUUAAGGCAUUUAUAGCCAAAACAUGGGACAUAAUACCAACAGCAGCAAAUGAAGGCAAAAGGGGAAAGAUGCUAGCUUGAGGGCAGCGACUUAAGGGGCAACAGGUUCUGCAACGUAUCUUUCCUCUUUCAUGCUUACCCACGGUCAUCAAAGCUUCUUACCUUAAUCCUUAGGGCGGGUUUCUUGCUCUCCUAGCUUUCACAUGUCAAAGAUACACUUCCAAUAGUACCAUGUACUAUUGAUUCCCAUAUAAACCAAUCACAAAGGAUGGUACUUGUGUCUUUUUUACUUACAUUAACUAAAAUGAUUAAUUUACUUAAUCAUGUUUUGAUUACUUGGUGAACUUAAGUCGCCAAUAAUAUAUUUAAAACAACAAAACAAACAUACAUAAUAACAUAUCUAUAAAUAUAAUAUAAAACAGAAAUAAACUAAUAAAAUCUAACGACCAAGUAAAACCUAUUUCAUAUACAUCAAGAUUAUUCGAAUAAAAUUAAACAAAAUUUAGCAUUAGAACACAAAUUAGAAAAAACCUAAAACCUAAAUUAAAUAACAAACAAACAUAAGAACAAAUUAAUAAAUUAGAACAUCAAGUACUUGGGGAAAUUCUCUUUAACAAGUGCAUUAGGAAAGACCAAGACCUGUAGAAUUGACUUUUUGUACCGGGCGACGACACGUCGGCAUUGCCUGUCCAUCGCACCUGAAUUAAAAAUGACAACCCAGGCAUGCUUUGAAUCGGGCGACGAUAACAUCGAAGGAGAAGUGAAACUAUAUUUCCGUGUAAAAUUAAAAACCUCUUCUUUAACUCUCAUACAUCUUAAAUUAAACUUUUUAUUUUUUUUAUUUGUUAUACAUCUAACAUCUUUCAUGAUUAAUAUUUAUUUUUAAAAAUUAUUAUAAAAAUAAUAUAAUUAUUCAAUUAGUAAAUAAAUCAAAGUUAGCUUGUUUUAGUAAAAUACUAUAAUCAACUAAUAUCAUCGUAUAAAAUUUAUCUCCAUAAACGUUCAUAAUUGAUCAAUGGACGUCUAAUUCCUUUAAAAUCUCUCACAACCCCAGACAUAAAAGUCCUUUUAUCUAGAUAGAAAUGUGGAUGCCCAAAAUGCUUUCUUCACACUUGCAUCAAUAUUUCACUUAAAUAGUUAGUAGAUGAGAUUCAAACUAGUGCCUUUUCAACUUGUUGGCUUAUGUUACCAAGUAAGGGACCAACGAACCAAAAAUAUAGCUAAUUAUUGAGACCACAAUGACGUGUAUGUUAUAUAUAUAUAUAUAUAUAUAUAUAUAUAUAUAUAUAUUACAUCUUAUUAUUAAAAAAUAUUUUGAGUUAGAAAUGUUGAUGCAACAAUGUCUCGUUCAGAUUAAGAGGGUGUACCCAUUAUAAUUACGUAUAUGGAUCUGAUUAAUCUUUUAUUAAGAUAUGAGAUGAAAGGGUAUAUUAAUUCAACUAGUUUCUCGUUUCUUAUAAAGAUAGCCCACCAAGCCAGCCCACUAACAUUUUACAAUUAAAAAAAAAGUUAAGACAAACACGUGCUAUUACUUGUUUUACCCUAUUUGAAGUUGUUUCUAUAACCUAUUGAAGUUGGUAUUUUUAACCUAUUAAAGUUGGUAUUUUAACCCGUUGUAGUUGGUUGAAACAACAAUUAUAAAAUACCAACUUUAACAGGUUAAAAAGCCAACUUAAAUAGGUUAAAAUGCCAACCUUAAUAUGUUGAAACACCAACUUAAAUAAGUCAAAAUUUCAACUUAAGGAGCAUAAAACACCAACUUAAACAGGUCAAACUAUCAACUUUAAUAGGUUAAAAUAUCAACUUUAAAAUAACAACUUCAACAGGUUAAAAUACCAGUUUCUAUAUGUUGAAUUACCAAAUUUAAUACAUUAACGACUUAACAGGUUAAAACACCAACUCUAAAUAAAUUAACAUGCCACUUUUAAUAGUUCAAAACAUCAAUUCGAAUAGGUUAAAAAACAACUUCAAUAAAUUAAUAUACCAACUCCAAAUAAGUUAAUUAACACACAUAAUGAGCACGCGUUUGUUAUUUUUUUUCUAAAAGUAUAUUGGGCCAGUUCAAUUGGACGCGUCUCUAAAAAGACCGUCAUUCACGACAAUUUGUUAUAUUUAUUUACUAUUGGCAUGAUCCUCAGCUUUUGUACCACAUGGUUAUUGAAAGCCAUGCCAAAAAGCACUCUUUUAUUUUAUUUACUCCCUUACGCGGUUUUGUGGGCAUCAAUAAAGUCCACACGAACCUUACGCGUAACUUGUAAUGCCUUCACUUUUACUACAUUUCAUUAUCAAAGUUAAAUACUUGAAAGUUAUACUACUAUUAACUUAAGCAUCUCACAUACACUAGUUUAAUAAAAAUAAAUCUACAAAACCUUAAAAUUUCUCCUCUUAUUAGCAAAAUAUCUAAGAAAUAACCAAGAAGAAACAUGAUGUUCAUACCAAUAAUCAUAUUAGUAUUAUCAGUUCUUUUUAUAGCUGGAUUUUUUAGCCUUAGUUUUUUCAACCCCACCAAAAAGUUGUUAGUUCAUGAAAAAAGUCUCUUAUCUUCUUCUCUCAAGAGUAAUUCUAAUAAUAAUACAAACACCAUGUCCAUGAUCAACAAAGAUGAUGAUUUGAAGCAAGUUUUUGACACUUUUGACAAGAAUGGAGAUGGGUUUAUAACAAGGGAAGAGCUUAAAGAAUCACUUAACAACAUGGGGAUUAUUGUUCCAUUAAAAGAUGUUGAAGAAAUGGUUCAAAAUUUGGAUUCUAACAAAGAUGGGUUAGUUGAUGUUGAUGAGUUUAGAGAGUUGUAUGAGUUUUUGAAGGGAAGAUUAGAAGAGAAAAAGUGUGGAGAUGAUAAAGAUGUGGAUAAUUUUGAUGAUGAAGAUGAUUUAAGAGAAGCUUUUAGUGUAUUUGAUGAUAAUAAAGAUGGGUUAAUUACAGUUAAGGAAUUAGGGUUAGUGUUAUCUUCAUUAGGUUUGAAAGAAGGGAAUAGAGAAGAAGAUUGUAAAGAGAUGAUUAAGAAGGUUGAUGUUGAUGGAGAUGGAAUGGUUAAUUUUGAUGAGUUUAAGAUGAUGAUGAAAACUAGUGGUACCAAACCUUCAAGGCUUAUUGUUACUACUUAACUAUCUUUAGUUAUUGAGGAGGUAUUCAUCUUAGAAUUAACGGAAUCUUGUCAAUCUCAGAUUACAUAGAAAAUACACUUAUAUGUUCGAGUAAAUUUAAAAAUUUAUAAGCAUUUAAUUUAUCUUUUCCGUGUAGUUACGUCUCUUUAUUUUUCUCGAGUUAACUAUGGGUAUGAGUUGCUGCCGUUCUUUCCUCUUCAGACCCUAUCCAUAAUUUUUCUAUGAGCGGAAUACACUGGAUAGGAUGAUGAUAAUAAUGUUCGAGUAAAUUUAAAGAUUAGUGAAGAAGAAAUAAUUAUUAUGGCGUGAAGUUUCCAACUCAGCAUCACUAAUUCUUGUAAAGAAGCACAUAUAGUAAUGAUGUUUAUUAGUUUGUUGUUUGUUUUAGGGUUUAAUGUUUAGCCUUUUUAUGUGCAUGUAAAACUAACAUUAAGAAUGUUUGUAAAUAAGUCUAUUGGUUAGUUUGCAUCAAUUGAGUUUAUUUGUGAUUUUGUGUCCCUUUGUUUGGUAAACUUUGAAGUUGGUUAGAGACAACUUAAUAUUUUGUGUCCCCAAAAACUUGUAUAUACGUUGAUCCACUUCUACUAAGGAAAAUCAUCUGCCAACAUUAAAUUCAUUUAGCAACACAUAAUCAAAA